AUAAAAAUGGCGGAAAAAAUGGCUUGGUGAAAAUCGCUUUCUCGAAAAUCAAAGGCGAACGGGUAAGAGAAGUAGACGAGAAGACAAAUUUUUGGAGAGAGAGAGAGAGAGAGAGAGAGCUCUGUUUCUGUUGAUAUUAUUAGCUUUCGAUUGAAGUCAAACACUACUCAAGAGCUUUUCAUCGAUAGAGAAAUCGAUCGGAUUCAAUUGUCGGAUGUUAUUUCUGUUCGUCGGUGGUUAUCGGCGGAGAUGCUCCGUGGUUGAGUCUGAGGUUUUGGUGGCCGGUGAGGCAGACGGUGAUGACGGUGGGGGUGGAUGAUCGAGAAAACAAAUUGAGCGAUGUUCGGUUUUUUCCUCUUUUUCUCUGGUUUUGCUUGGUUGUGAGUUUGUUGCUCGUCGUGGUUACUCUCUCUUAGGUUGUGGUUAGAAGAUGAUGAAGAAAGGCAAAGGGAAGAAUAGUGGCUUACUACCGAAUUCCUUUAAGAUAAUAUCGUCUUGUCUCAAAACUGUAUCGGCCAACGCCACCAACGUUGCGUCGUCGGUUCGUUCCGCCGGAGCGUCCGUCGCCGCUUCAAUAUCCGCUGCAGAAGAUGAUAAAGAUCAGGUGACAUGGGCUGGAUUUGGCAUUCUUGAACUGGGUCAACAUGUCAACAGACAUGUCCUCUUACUCGGUUAUCAGAAUGGCUUUCAAGUCUUCGAUGUUGAGGAUGCCUCUAAUUUUAAUGAACUGGUCUCUAAACGUGGUGGCCCAGUUUCAUUCUUACAGAUGCAGCCAUUACCUGCGAGGUCUGGUGAUCUUGAGGGUUUUGGGAACUCGCAUCCGCUUUUGCUGGUUGUUGCUGGGGAUGACACGACUGGCACGGGUUCGGGUCACAGUUUUUCCCAUAAUAAUGGUUCAUUAGCGAGAGACGGUAAAGCAGAAUCUUCGGGGGAUGCUACCAGUUAUCCUACUACUGUUCGCUUUUACUCCCUUAGGUCUCACAGUUAUGUAUAUGUCCUGAGAUUUCGGUCAUCUGUUUGCAUGAUUAGAUGCAGCUCUCGAGUAGUAGCUGUUGGCCUUGAAACUCAAAUAUAUUGCUUUGAUGCACUUACUCUGGAAAAUAAGUUCAGUGUUCUCACGUAUCCUGUUCCUCAGCUACUGAGACAAGGGACAACUAGGGUGAAUGUUGGCUAUGGUCCGAUGGCUGUAGGCCCGAGGUGGCUUGCAUAUGCUUCCAAAAGUUCCACGACCAUGAAAACAGGACGCCUAAGUCCACAGAAUUUUAUUUCUUCACCCAGUGUCAGUCCAAGUAGAUCGACAGGUGGAAGUACCGUGAUGGCCCGUUAUGCGAUGGAGUCUAGCAAGCAGUUAGCAAAUGGACUAAUUAACUUGGGGGACAUGGGAUACAAAACGUUGUCAAAAUACUACCAAGAAAUGCUCCCUGAUGGAUCUAAUUCUCCAGCAUCACCAAAUUCAAUCUGGAAAGUUGGUGGGGUUUCUGGAUCGGAUGCAGAGAACGCUGGAAUGGUUGCUGUCAAAGAUCUUGUUUCUGGAGCUGUAGUAUCACAGUUCAAGGCUCAUACAAGUCCUAUCUCAGCCCUUUGUUUUGAUCCUAGUGGAACCCUAUUGGUUACUGCUUCGGUGUGUGGGAACAAUAUCAAUGUCUUUCAGAUCAUGCCAUCUCGUUCGCAUAGUGCACCUGGUGACCUAAUUUAUGAGUGGGAAUCAUCUCAUGUGCAUCUCUUCAAGCUGCAUAGAGGGAUCACUUCGGCUAUUGUCCAGGACAUUUGCUUUAGUCAUCACAGUCAGUGGCUGGCUAUUAUUUCAUCCAAGGGUACUUGCCACAUCUUCGUUUUAAACUCGUCUGGCAGCGAUGCUGGGUUUCCACCUUUAAACUGUGAGGGUGAAGAGCCUGCCCGAGUUUCGGCUUCAACUUUGCCAUGGUGGUUUACUAAAUCCUUGUCAAAUAAUCAGCAGUCUUUACCGCCACCACCAGUUGUUACUCUUUCUGUAGUAAGCAGAAUAAAGUAUAGCAGUUUUGGGUGGCUUAACACAGUAAGCAAUGCUGCCACUGCUGCAACUGGAAAAGUUUUUGUACCAUCAGGUGCCGUGGCUGCUGUUUUUCAUAAAUCUGUUACUCACGACCUUCAGCAGAACUCCCGGACUAAUUCUUUGGAGCAUAUCUUAGUCUAUACUCCAUCAGGCCAUGUGGUGCAGCACGAACUUCUGCCAUCAGUUUGCACAGGGUCACCUGAAAAUGGUUCGAGAGUGCAAAAACCAUCACAUGUUCAAGUUCAGGAGGAUGACUUGAGGGUCAAAGUUGAGCCUAUCCAGUGGUGGGAUGUAUGUAGAAGGUCCGACUGGCUGGAAACAGAGGAACGGCUUCCCAAAAGUUUCACUGAAAAGCAAUACGAUUUGGAUACAGUGCCAAAUAGCUUGCCAGCCCAUGAGGAUGCAAGUCCUUCCCUUGAGAUCAAUAAUUUUGGUCAAGAUAGAUAUUUGAAAACUUGUUCUGAGAAGGCCCCUGAAAGAUCCCAUUGCUAUCUUUCUAACUUUGAGGUGAAGGUUACCUCAGGGAUGCUACCGGUGUGGCAAAAUUCGAAGAUUUCUUUUCACGUGAUGGACUCUCCUAGAGAUAAUAGUUCCUCUGGUGGAGAGUUUGAGAUAGAAAAGGUCCCAGCCCAUGAACUUGAAAUAAAACAGAAAAAGCUGCUACCAGUUUUUGACCAUUUCCACAGCACCAAAGCAUCACUGGAAGACAGGUUUUCCAUGAAAUGUUAUCACACAUCGGCAUCAGGAUCUUAUCAAGCUAAUGGAAAGAUAUGCCAAGAGAUAAUCAACUGUCAUUCUAAGCCAGGAUCAGUCGAGUCUGCUGACAGUUCUGAAGAGAGUAAGUCCAUAUUCUUUUUCCUAGGCUCGUCAAAACAGAUGGAGAAUUUUCAUGAUUCGGAUCACAAGAACAACUCGUUCAAGUCUUCUUUUACCCUAUACCCAACAUCAAACGGGAUCUACAAGGAAAUAGAGAAAAACAACAAAAAUGGGUUGGUUGAGAAGUCCGUAACAGCCAAACUCUAUGCAUUCGAAGAAAACCAGAUGGGAAAGCACAUCACAAAUGGCUUGACCGCACCAUCUCUUCACACCAAUAUUACAGUCAAUGAAGAGAUGCUCUAUACAGGAAAAUCUCCUAUGAACUUAGGUUUUGCUUUGCGUGAAGAACACUGUAAAGCAGUAGCAGAUCCAGUAGAACACCUGCAGAAAUUAGAUGAAGUUACCAAUGGUCAUCAUCUAAAUGUCAACAACAACACAGAGAAACUACAAGGAGACGAGACGGUAUCUGGUAUGGUUUCCUUUGCGGGCGAUUAAAUCACUCGGAACCACACCCAAAGCCUCAGGUCUCUGUAUAAUCUCUACGGUAAAUAGUUGUCAAAGUCCUGAAGGCUUCUGGAGUUUGUAAAUAUAUAAAGACAUGGAUUUGGAAGAUGUGAAAUGAUUUGCUCCGGUUGUUUGGUAAUAAUUUCUCUGUCCUGUUGCUUCUUUAUAUAUCUGCGCGAUUACGUCAAAAGAAUAUGUACAUUUGUAUAGAUGGGAGCUUGGUAAAUAGGGGGUGUCGUUGGGCCGUGGUUGAAACCUUAAGUUGAAAAAAAAAAUGAAGAUUUCCGAAUUUGGGGUUUCAUGUUGUUUUUAAAUCCUUCUUGUGAGCCCUAAGCUUUUGUACAGAUAGAUGGAUCCAUGUGGAGAUCAACACUUUCGCUUUAAACUUCACCGAUGUUUCUUUUUCUUUUUUGGUGGGUUUCUCGUGCUCUUUUACGUGAUUCUGAUAAAUUGUUCUGUGACUUAUGUUUGAUUGGGGAUAUGCUUUUUCGAGUAUUUACAGUUGUUGGAAUAAUAUCAACUGCUAUUAAGAGUUGCUUACAUAUAAUCAUGAAAGUGGUAAUAUUUGUGAAUGAUGUUUUACUACGACUUUUUUCGUCCCAACAUUGCCUUAUUUAUGUACAAUCAUAUAAAGAAAGAAGCCGAGUGAAGUUUUGAACAGCAGGAGGAGGCAAGCAGAGGCAAACCAACAUGCUUUGGUCACCACCAGAUUUGACUCCACCUUCAGGCAGCAACACACAAACCUGUGGCGUAGGCCUCAAGUCAAUUGGUCCUGCAUAAACCGGUUUUCCCCAUCCGAAAUCCGCAGUCUCAUACAUUUCAAACCGGGUCCAUUGCGUUAUCAUUAGCUUCCCACCGAACUCUAACCUCUUUGGCCGCUUCACAUCCACGUAAUCCACCAUAGACCGCAAGUAGUCCUCUGUAACCCUAACUCUCGCCUCUUUAACCAAACGUGUUGUCUUGGAAAAAGGAUCGUUCAUAAGACUGUCAACAGUACUCAUUGCGCAAGCUAAGCACACCACAUUUCCGUAAAACCCUUUUCUCAACUUUAGGGUUUCGAGUUUUGUUCUUACGUUGACCGAGAAUGUGAGCCUGAGAUCGCAUUCCAAUGGCUUCACAUCAAGAGCUUUGACCCAUGAUCUCCAUAUAUGCGCAGCCAUUGCAUCAAACGUGCUGCAAACUAGGCUCGAGUCUUGUCCUUGAGCGAUGUUCUUAACACGACACUGAAACUCUUUGCUUAUCCUGUAACAUUUCUGCAAUGGCUUCCUUUCCCACAAUGAGUUCGUCAAAUUCGAUCUUUCUUCAAUUGGAAGAUACUCAUGAUGUGGGUAUUUCACCAUUGGAGGGUUUCUUGGUUUGAAAACUUCUCUAUCCCAAACCGGCUCAGGAUCGGCAAUCAGUUUCCCGGUUUUUGAGGUAGCAGCCCACGAGCCAAGAAACUGCAUAGCUCCAAAACCAUCGCAGAUGCAAUGGCAGAGUCUGAUCCCAAGGCUAAAUCCACCGCAGGUGAAAAACGUCACUUGCGCUAUAAGCAACGGCAUCUCGAGGAUUUUGUACGCUUCUUCUCCUGGGUGUUGAAAGAUUAGUGGUAACCAAGCUGGAUUUGGCACUGUAAGAUCUCCAAGAUCAGCUAAAGCCAGUGAAGAAUUUGCCGACACCAUCAACGCACCUUGCUCUUCUCCAAAGAAAACUUCUAGCUUCCCAUUUUCCACUUCCCUUAACCUACCGGAGAGUGGAUAAUACGGAACUAAAACCUCACCAAGAGCAUCUUGAAGCCGUUUAAGUACCGAAGAUUCUCGAUUAUCAGGUUGAUUAACGGCCGAUCGAUAGAAAUAAACAGAGGGAGUGAAGACACGCGCUCCGAUAGUAUCAUCAAGGUUUGACAGGUAGAGAGUAUGGUGGGGAGAUUGAUUUGCAGGUGUUGGACUUGAUGGAUGUACAAGAAACUUGUUGUUGAUGGUUACUGGGAUAUGGAGGUGAGAGAAAUGAAGUUCUUGGACGCAAGAAUCCAUUUUGGAAAGUUAAAUUGCAAACUGUUUUGAUUUUAC